AUGGAAGACGCCAGGCUUCUUCCAUUGUUGGUCUUGUUGGCACUUGCUUGCUUCGUGAUGGCGAACAAUGAAACGCUCCCGCUUGCAAGUGUGGCUCAAGGCUUUGUCUCUGCUGUACUUGGCUUAUUUGGUAAAGGACCGAAACCAAAGCCUUUGGGUCAAGUUGUUAGAGAGCAGAUAGAUGAGGCUCUGGAGCAAUAUCGCGAGAAGGAACUCGUAAGAAGAAAAGAUGGUUUGCUAUCAGCAUUUCAGCUCACUAAAGCGUACUUAGACGGAGCUUCAGAGUCGGGUAAACCUUUAAGUACAGAGGAAGUGCCUGUGGCAACAAAUGAAAUGGAAAGAUCUCAAGGUGUGGCGUUUAUGGGAGAACUUGCCAGUGAAGUACGUAAGAUGUUCAGCAAUAACAAAGUAGCUGAUGCAAGAAAAGCCAUUAGAUAUUGUGAGAUGUACGCACAGCUAGCGGUAUACCGUGACAUCAUCCUGACACAGUAUAUUGCCAUGAUACCGACCACUGCAACUUGGCAAAAUCACAUCAACGGUGUAAUAUCCGAUCGAGCUUUGUUUAGAAGAUUGGCUGGAGCGUUACUCGGCAAGCUCUACGCGGUCGACUAUGAUAGCGCGAUCAUUCCAUAUUUUGAUCCAGAUAUCAGCGUCAUAACGGACACUUUCUCCACAAAGAUAUUGAAUUUGGGUAAAUACGAUCGUUCCAUGGCUGGUCUGCAUUGCCUUAUGACCCCAGGGAGAAGUGGUCUAGAAUAUCUGGAUUGGGAAAGAGAUGAUGCGAAGUUCAAAACUGGUGGCAAUCCUUACACAACAAUUGUGAGACCGAACAAUAAUAUUUGUUAUUGGAAACUAGUGCCACAUGCAGGUCACACGUACAGCAUUGUAAAUAAAUACAAAUGCAACACCAAGUACGACUACUGUGGCUCGAUGCUUUCAUGGACAACAGUUGGUGACAAGGCCUAUGUGGACAUCGCCUCGGAUGACCCCGUCUUGUGGGAAAUUAGGGGAUAUGACUGGAAAGAUAUUCGAAGUAAAUGGGGCUGCGGCAAGAAGAAAAGUAAAUGGUGCAACUAUCAUCUAGGAGUUAAAAAAAGAACAAUUUCCACCACUUUCGUUGGUUUCCAACUUCACUCGUUUAAACGUACAUCAAAUAAAAUAGUUGGACAGCUGACUCGUUCAGAUGGCAAAUACUACUGGAAGACUAGAAGG